AGCGGUACCGUGGCUAAGAUCGGACGUUCGUAUCCAUUUUCCUGGUGAUUUGCGCGUUUCGUGGCAACGCGCGCGUUACUCCUUCGUUCCAUUUGUUUCGUUUCGUCUCGUUUCGUCUCGUUCUGUCUCGUCAUCUCUCGUUCUCGGGCUCUUGCCGCCAGAUGAUCACCGUUGGCGUCUGACUAGGCGCUCGGCUCUUCCACUGGUCGCGCGAUUCAUGCGGCGUCUGUCAGUUUUCAGUGCAAACCAUACGCAGAGCUUUUAGAUACCUGCGACGAUUUAUCUCUUUUUCUCUCUCUCUCUCUCUCUCUCUCUCUCUUCCUCUCUCCUCCCCCCCCCCUCUCUAUCUCUUUCAUCAAGAAAUACCGAUUAUAAAAAGACUGAACUAACAAAUAUUGUGUUAUCCUGACGGCGUUAUCUCAUUCUUUUAUCAUUGGCUAAUCGAGAUUAUGUGUCGUAACUUGUGAAAAGAUAAAAGCUCCGCUCGUUCAUGCUUAUUCGCGUGUAACGACUGAAAUUGGAUAUUACUUGAUGGUACUAAUUUUCGAAACUCUAUAUACGAUAUACAAUAAGAGAAAGCGAGAAUCCAGUGCAAUUCGACGAGUUCAACGAACGAAGUUGUGGGCGGGAACUUUGGAAGUGACAGCACGAAUGCAAUCCUGCCAGAGUGCAGUUAUGAGAAAGUUUCUCUUGGAUUUUAUCGCGUGAAACGUGCGAUUGCAAAAAGAGGAAUUCAUAAAGAUAGCUAGAGCCUAAUAUGCACGAUGUUAGCUAUCGUGCAUUUUCGAAUCGUAUCCCGUGAAAAGUCGUGCGUGCCGCGCAGCAUGGCAUGUCGGAAGCGAGACAGCAUGGGCGCGCCGGUGCACCGGUACGGGUAACCAACCUGCGACGUUAACGUUAUGGUAACGUGAAUCGAUCGCCUGAUUUUCGUUCUCCCUCCAUACCAUCUGUCAGGGCAAGAACUCGCGGCCAGACGCACGUCACGAGCAAUACGAGCAUAUACGCCGGUGAUUUCGCGCCGCUCGCAAACGUAUUCGGCACGACGAGCUGGUAUGUACAAUCUAAGGAGGGUAGAUUUGAGAUCCUAUUUUCGCCAAUUUUCUGUACAAUGUACAGAAAAUAAACUUUUUUACAACUGAAACUGCACAUUUUUUUCCGAAAAUCUUUUUCUACUUUCAAAAGCCAUUCUCAACGCUACAAAGGACACGCGGAGGCGCGUUGUGCUGCAUCACAUGCGCGCGCGAAAACGGUGUCCAUAUCGUUGCACAGAAUUUCCGCUCAGCAAUUAUGUGCUGUCGAGUACGACAGGAAAACACAAUAAUUAAAGAAUGAUUCUCCAAUCGAGAAUCGAGUCUCGGGCAAGAUUGUGAUUGUGAAAAAGCUCAUUCUUGCUUUGUUCGAUGAUCGCGUCCAGCUCGUCGAUCAGAACUGAAACUUAAAUCAAUAUUGAGUUUGACAAGUUUCAUCUCAGACAAAGCAAAAACAAAAAAUUUUGUUGCCUGUAAAAAGUGCAAAAAAUGUAAAAAAGAAAUGAUAAAAAUGUAAGAGAUAACACGAAUAAACCGUCCUUAAAAAUGUUAGAUACAAUAAUGCGUGAAUCGCAGAAACAGAUAAAGAUAAAAAUAAAGAUAAAUAUGCAGUAUUCUUUCUAUGAUAAAAUCUUCAUGCGCAUUUAUGAAAAGAUAGAAGCUUUCUUCUUCCUCUUCGCGCAUAUUGAAAAUUAAAUUGCUGUGCCAUCAUUUGCCUGAAAACAAAAAAAAAACGAAUGGUUAUUCACAUUUUGAGUGCUCCUCGGUAAAUAUGAUUCUCACAUGGAGGAGACAUAGCUGACGUCAUUUCCACAUAUACGAAAUAUAUAUAGAAAAAUGAACGGGAAUUCGAAUCCCAUCACACUUGUACUUUCUGAUGAUUUUUUUCUCGCGCAGAAAGCCUGGAAUCUCGUGUUGAACCGCGUAACGCUCGACGCGUUGCACGUACGGCAUGCGCGAUAUAAAGCAGCAUAUGAGAUAAACCGAACACGGUUCGUAUAUAAACUAAACUGCUAAAGCAUAGACUGUGCGUAGAGGGUUUAUACUAAUAUCGUAAACAGGAAUAAAAUCGCGCAUCGAUUUAAUUGCGGUAGUGGAAUCGAAAGAAUUAGGGAAUGCAUUGACUGACAUGGCAGCGAUGAGAGACAUGGCAGGACAUAUAAUAAUAUGUCCUAGUUGCGAAGACGUCUUGUGUAUAUUCGAUACUCGAAUAAAAAGAUUGGCGAAAAUAUCGAGGAAAUAAGACUGAGUAAUCACGAUUGACAAUAAUGUCUAGACCAGGCAAAGAUCCAGUGCAAAAGUGCCAUUCAGAUCCAGGUGCAACUGGUUCUUCGUGCAGUCCCAGCAAGCGAAUUUCACGGAGACAAGUGCCAUGCAUUCCAUCCUCGCCAAAUACACGCAAAUGUGUUUUAACCUUGGACGGAUACAGUUACGUGAUCGUUGCAUCUCCGCCAGAUAGACGAGUCACAAGAGACGAUAUCGGGGUAGCCUCAGCCGGUGUAGCGGUAAACAAUGCGGCUGCUACCGGCUGCAGCAGCACAAGCGGCGCAGCAGCAUCCUCGAGGUCGCGCAAUCCCUCCUCUUCUCCUGGUCGGAAUGGCCAACUCUCCAAACAGGGCACUUUGACGAUAGUACGCCGAAGUUCCGGCAAAAGCAAAAGCCUCAGCGGUGGGAAUUUUGAAAAUUCUCCACCACCGCACAAUCCCGACACUUCAUAUUUAUCGGGUCAAUCCGUCGAUCUCGAAGAGAUUCUCGAUAAUAUCGAUCUUUCGACAGAUUCACUUCCUGCCGUUGACACUCCCGACGCAUGCGAUAAAGCUGCCCUCAGAUUGAGGUGUUUAUUGAGGCAGCUACAACAUGGGGAAAUAUCCGCCGAAUUACUUCAACGAAACUUGCAUUACGCAGCUCGCGUACUCGAGACUGUUUUCAUCGACGAGACCAAGGUGAGUUCAGGCGGGAAUGAGUGCACUCGGUCAUCACGUAGGGGGGCGGGCCUGACGUCUUCAUCCCUAGGGGGCGGCUUGGAUCCAGACGGACCACAGGGCCACACGGUGGUAACCCAGAAACGGAAGCUUCGCACCCCCGUAUGGGCAAGACGACUGGCCGAUGAAGAUGACGAGCUGUCGGAGGUGCAGCCAGAUGCGGUGCCACCGGAAGUGCGCGAGUGGCUGGCAUCGACUUUCACUAGGCAGCUCGCCACCACCAGGCGGAAAGCUGAUGAGAAACCAAAAUUCCGUUCAGUUGCUCACGCUAUAAGAGCAGGCAUAUUCGUCGAUCGGAUUUACAGGAGGGUCACGAACACCGCCCUCAUGCAAUUUCCGCCGGAAGUCGUGAAAGUACUUAAGACUUUAGAUGAUUGGUCGUUCGAUGUAUUUUCUUUGAAUGAGGCCGCUCUGGGCACGCCAGUGAAAUACCUGGGCUAUGACCUCCUCAAUCGAUAUGGUAUGAUUCACAAGUUUAAAGUACCUCCCGUAGUUUUGGAGUGCUUUCUCGGAAGAGUCGAGGAGGGUUAUUGCAGGCAUCGAAACCCAUACCACAACAACCUCCACGCUGCAGAUGUUGCGCAAACGAUGCAUUACAUCUUGUGUCAAACAGGUUUGAUGAAUUGGCUGACCGAUCUCGAGAUUUUCGCCACCCUUGUGGCAGCGAUUAUUCAUGAUUACGAGCAUACUGGGACCACAAACAAUUUCCACGUAAUGUCCGGUAGUGAUACAGCGCUUCUAUAUAACGACCGUGCCGUACUAGAAAAUCAUCACAUCUCGGCCAGCUUCCGGAUACUCAGAGAAGAUGAUUGUAAUAUACUGCAGAAUCUGUCCAGAGAGGAAUUUCGAGAAUUUCGAUCGCUCGUAAUUGAUAUGGUUCUUGCCACCGACAUGAGUUUUCACUUUCAGCAGCUAAAAAAUAUGAAAAAUUUAUUAACUUUGGCAGAGCCAAGCGUGGAUAAGAGCAAAGCCGUUAGCUUGGUCCUCCAUUGCUGCGAUAUCUCGCAUCCCGCCAAAAGAUGGGAUCUUCAUCAUAGAUGGACGAUGCAACUUCUUGAAGAGUUUUUCAGACAAGGUGAUAAAGAGAGAGAGCUUGGAUUGCCAUUUUCUCCUCUAUGCGACCGCAAUAAUACGCUGGUAGCUGAAUCUCAAAUAGGAUUCAUAGAAUUCAUUGUCGAGCCUAGCAUGCAAGUAUGCAGUGACAUGCUGGAAACCGUCCUCGCGCCGCUCAAUGUCAAGGAUACCACGGAUGAACCCAACAACGGUUCGGGAGGAGAAAAUAGAAGAUUCAAGAUUGGCAAACCUUGGAUUCCCUGUCUCGCAGAGAAUAAAAAAAUCUGGAAGGAACAAGCAGUCCGAGACGCAGAAGCCAAAGCACAAAAGGAACAAGAACAAAAGGCUAGCAGUAAUCGCGAAGAUGGCAAAGGAGCGCAAGCUCCAGCCGAAGAAUGAAAGAUACAUCGGACGAUUGUAUUUUUCAAGAGUCUCUGUAACUUUAAGUUACAGGGAAGUUCGUGAUCGCACAUUAGAUGUGACAUCUAUCAUAAGGACUUACAUACACACGGAUUUCUUAUUACGCUUACGAAUGAUAGCCAAGCGUCAUUCGGUAGUACAAAUAGACAUACGGACAUUAGAUAAGUGGAAAUGGAACGAUCUAUACACAAAAAUAAUAUAAAAUAUGUUGGGGAAUAAUUUGUUUAGAUUGACACCAAAGACCCUAAUCAUAUAUUUGUCCUGCUAAUUUUGUAGAAUAUUCAUAGAAUAUAUCUCAACUGAUUGUUUUUUAUAGUUCCAUAUACACAUAAUUCUAUUUGAUCUCAUUACAUUAGUUACAACGCUCCUCCAAGUAAUCACCAUCGAUAUCACUUGAUUAAACAUUUGUUGUCAAUUCUAAAGGCUUUUUAGGAAACAAAAUAAAUUCGCGCUUUUAAUUUUAAUUUUAAAUGAGAUAUUUUUGAUUAACAAUUUGACAUCUUAAAAUUCCUCUAAAUUAUAUUUAUAAAUGGAUGAAAAUAUAUGAUUAUAUAUAAUAUACGGUCAAAAAAUUGAUAAAAGAAAAGUAUAAAUUAUGAAUCACAAUAUGAAUUAUAUAUUACGAUUAUUUCGCACAAACAGAUCGUGAAUCAUUCGUACUCUUUUAUUAUUUUUUAAUUAAGCAGGGCAAGAAUUGAUGUAACUGCAGAGAGUCUAAAAUCAAGUGUAUAUACUUGCAGAAGUCGUAUACUUUCUAAAAAGAAAGAGCACCCUCAAAACACAAGCACAGAUCAAAUAACAAGAGAGAGAAACUUAUUAAUAUCAACAAGUGAAGAAUUUAAGAAUUCUAUUUAAGAAGAUUAUUUCAAGUUGUACUUUUUUUCAACGCUAAAAUAAGUAAAAUAAGUAAAUGUUAUUUAUUCCAUCGAGUGAAGUCUGUCGAACCUUUCUUCAUACCGAUAUAACGAUAUAAUUAAAUCGUAUCUUUCCUAAAGAGCAAAAUAUAUUUCAACUGUUUUAAGGAAAAUAAACGGAAAUCAAUAUUUUUUGUUAAAACUUAAAGAAAGUCUAAUGAUGCAAGUUGCAGAAAUAUUUGGCAUGCAUAAUAUUACAAUUGCAAUUCAUAAUGGCUAUUUUCUUUUACUUCCACAUAUUUUUAAACAUAUGAUAAUUAUCGACGGUGAUUACGCAAGAUUUGUAUUUAUUGGAUAAGAAUCUCAGAAACUUAACGCAUCGAUUUUUUUUACUAUUUACUAUUUAUACUUGCCGCACAAGAAUAUGAAUAUUACACAAGAUAGAAUUUUUGAAUUUAUUUUGCAAACUUAUUUAUUUUUAUAAAUUAAAGAAAUUUUUUGUGAAUAACCGGGGCCUGAGGUUUUCAAUGCAAAGUUUUUUUUUUGCAAAUGUAGAGUGCAAAAUGUUUGUGACAGACCACUUGGAGACUUGGGAACGUCAAUCCCUCUCGUUCACGUGUUUAUUAAUUAGUCGCGGCAAAGAGAUCUAUAGGAGCAAAAUAUUCUUGUACAUACCAUUUGUUAGAUGUGUAUUCGUAUACACGUACUGGUUCAGCUUUAAUGUAUGUGUAUGUAAUGUAUAAAGACAAACAAAUAACAAAUAUGACUAGUGUUUAGUUUAAUUAACGUAUAUGCGUAUUGCAUAUUCCGUGUAUAUGUACAUAUAUAUAUGUAUAUAUACAAAAGAAAGAGAAAGAAAAUAUUAUUUUGUUGAAUUCCUCGCGAUAAAGCGGCUGUAGAAUGUACAAUAUAUUAGCGCGCAUGUUAGCGAUGCACAUACGUCCGUAUUUAAGUUUGUAAUUAAACAUAUCCAUGAACGAAUGCGCAUUACUCUUGAAAACGCAUAAAUUCUUGAUAUAAUGACAGACAGUUGCCAUUGUAUCAAUGCGUCAUUAUCAUCCUAUGUCAUACGCGUAAAGGAAUCGGAGGCUUCGGCGUAAUAAAAGAUUCAUAAUUCUU